GAAACACUGAAUGUCCCUCGUGUGUAUUUCAACAUGCCUUGAUAAUAAACAAAGCGGAUGUUAUCGUGUUUGCUGAUGUUUGGUGUAUGAUUUCUUAAAUGGCUGCUCGAUCGAAAAGUAAGUCCGAUGACCCGAAGACUGACAGGUUGCACUGGUCUGCGAUUGGUUUAGAAAGCGGUGAAGACGGCGAUGUUCAACUCAAGCAGGUCACUGGACGAGCGUCUAGGAAACGAAAAGACGAUUUGACGAAAGAUGUUAGAAUCUUCCUUCCUGAUGCUGAAUGUUUUACUCCAAUGAAGAAACCAAAGAAAUCCGAAUGGUUAGCGGAACACAAGACGGAGGGGCAGCCAUUUGAAAGAUUUCUGCAAGGUUCAGCCAAUUACCCAACACAGCGACGCAAUGUGAUUUAUCUUCUUCCACUGAAGUUUGACGAGGCAUUUGUUCCAUCAGACAUUUUGGACCCAUUAAAGAAGUUUGCCUCGAUUUUUUUCGGAAUGAAACUGAAAGUCAUGAAAGCAACACAUUUCAAGGGGAAAGUUCCAGAUCGAUUUAAUAAAAAUUCUAAUACUUAUCAAGUUAAUGCAGGAAAAGUUCUUAAGGAGAUGGCACAUCUUGUUCCCGGGGAUGCUUUUUGUGUUGCAGGAAUAACAAUGUGUGAUCUGUAUCCUAAAGAUUCUUGGAAUUUUGUCUUCGGUUUAGCGCAAAUGAAAUCCGGUUGUGGAGUCUACUCCCUAGCACGUUACCUGUCAAAUUUUGGAGAUCAACCAACAACUGUCUAUGAAGCUGAAAGCGAGAAGGGAAGUAACUCCAUAAUGAAGCGUGCCUGUAAAACAAUGUGUCAUGAAAUCGGCCACAUGUUUGGUCUGUCUCACUGUGUGUACUUCUCCUGUAUCAUGAACGGGUCGAAUCAUCUCGAAGAGUCUGACAAACGCUCCAUUUUCCUUUGUCCGGUCUGUCUCAGAAAACUCCAUUUCAUCUGUCAGUUUGACAUCAUAGAACGGUACAAGUUGAUGGCCUCGUUUUGGUCCGAGCAUGGAUACAAGGAGGAAACUGAUUGGCUGCAGAAAAGAUUGGAAUAUAUAUCGUGAAGAUCAGUUAAUGGACAUGUACUGACAUUUCAACGAAUGGAACAAUUUGUUAUUUAAGUCAAUCACAACAUAUCGGGUGCUUCCGUCACGACUCGGAAUCUUGAAAACUGAUUCCGACUCUUGGCGGAACUAACCAAGAUUUCGCGAUUACUUAAUAACCAAUUAUCUUUAUGAUAUAUGGUAAUUAUCAAUAAUUCUCCUAUUCAUUCCAACCAUAUCAACACUUUUCCUACAAAUGCCAUAUCACAAAAGAUCGUGUAUAUUAUUAACAUUGAUAACAACAUUUAAGGAUUGUGCUUCAUUUUGACUGCGUAUACGGCAGUAUGACCGCAAUUGGCAACGAACAUUCUAUGGAGCACUAUCGUGCUAACUAUAGAAAAUGUUCGUUGCCUACUGCGGUCAUACUGCCGUAUACGCAGUCAAAAUGAGGUACAAUCCUUAUAUUUACAACAAACAAACCGUUUAAAUACAGUACGAAGAAAACAAAAUUCAGGGUGUGUUGCGACGUUGGUAACUUCGGCAGCCAAGGUAAAGACACCAGUAUUGUUAACAAAAUUAAAAGGCACAACUCAUCAUUUUUAUUUAAUACAUUUUACGUUUUUAAUUAAUUGAUAUAUUCACAAUCCUCAAUUUCCAUCUCAGAUUAACUAUGGUUGUCAAGUACAGCGUGUAUAGACACAUAUUUAGCAGUGACAUGGUCAAAUGUUCUCUUAGAACUGUACGUUUCAGCGAUAUCUUGUUAGCUUACCUCAUGGAGAAGUUAAAAAUGCACCCUUUUCCGCAAUAUUCAGUUUAGGUUUUUGACAAAAUGCUCACUUGACGUUAGCUUUUUGUGCAGAGAUCAUCGGUAACAGGAGAAAACGCUAAAAUUGCGUUGAUCAGCCCUUUGAAAAUGAUGCCGUCUAGUUGACGUUCCAGGAACGUCACAACUAUAGACGACGUCAUAAUUGUGUUACCGAUUUCCGCGCUUAUUAAUCCGCUGAGCCUUUUUUCACUGCGUAUAUAUAUGCUACUUUAUUCGUAGUCUGAGUUUGCUAAGCUGAAUAAGGGAGAGAUGUAAAUGUGUAAAUAUAAAGUGUCUACAUCGUAUAAAUUUAUUGUUGAAACUGGCAGAUGGCACCAGAUUGAGUACAAGGAAAGAAAACGUCCACAUUGUAAUGGUCAACAAAUUGGUGAUGAAUUUCAUUAUUUACUUGAAUGUACAGCGUUAUCUUCUCACAGAAUUUUAUAUAUAGACAAAUACUAUUGGUCAAGACCAAAUAUUAUUAAAUCUAACAAACUAAUGAAUAUGACUAAUGUUAAAAAACUAAUGAAAAUGUGUAUUUUUAUCAGAUUAAUUAAUAACAUGAUUUGUCCUCCUUGAUAAUUAAGAAUGAAAAUAUUUUGUUGUGAAACUUUGCCAUGUAUCAAAUACGAACACUACUUUAAUUGUAUAUAUUAUAUUGUAAAUACGUUUUUCUCUAUACAUUAUGUCAAUAUGUGAAAAGAGAAUAAAAUGAAUUUGAAUUUGAAUACUGUAAGUCCAUGCGACGGAUCCCCUAUGUUGUUCAGUGAGGUAUUCUCACAUACUUCACAUAAAUAGAAUCGUCCAUCUCCUUACAGGAGGGUUGAGAUAUCCUUGUUCGCGGAACAGACCCAUGGUUGAUUAUUUUUCUCACAUACUUGUAAGCAAAUGAAAUCUUUUAUGAACUUUUUUUAUUGUGUAAUAAUUUUUCUAACUUUUUAUAUUGUGCAAUAAAUUGAUUAUUGACAAAA